AUGUUCGACCCGGACUUUCAAACACCUCUCGUUCUAGGCGAGUCCGUGGAUUUCUCGGAUCCUGAAGAGUCACAGUUUGUUGGUGCAUUUUCAGACGGCCUGUGGGCCAAGUCUGAGCCCUUCCUGUCGAUGUCUGCUUUCCAGAAGCCCUCGGCCGGCACCAUACUAGAUUACGGCUCCACGCGAUCUUUGCAUGAUGCUGGCUCCUAUUCGGCCUACGGCCAGUCUCCUUAUGUGACGGCAUCGCUCGUCCCGUCGCCCAUGGCGGACCAGGCCAGUCAGAUCUCCGACUGUGUGCCCUACCUGCCCAACCAGGACCUCAGCAGCUGCCUGAGAUCGUCUCCUACACCCCCUCAACGCGGCGCUGAGGGCACGCGUGUUUUUGUCCAGAUCCAAUCGCCUUAUGACCUGCACAGCUCGGCCUAUGCAGAGUUGUACUUGGUCUUUGGGUCGAAGAAGUGCGAAUGUGUCCCCCACUUCCUAGGGUUUCAGGGUUCCGCUUUCCAGUACGCUCUGUCGAUGGAUGCUCCGCCGUUCCUGUCCACGGGUUCUCCGUCCUUCGCCGUGCCCCUGCAAGUCACUAUGAGCACUCAGAGCGAUUGCCCUGCGACCACUCUUCAAGUCGGUGUCUACACAUAUGAACAUGUGCCCCAGCCGUCGCCCUCGGGAGAUUCGCGGAAACGCAAGAUCUCUUCGAUUUCGGAGACUGCCUCGGUUGCCAGACCGGUCAAGAGACACACGGCUUCGGUGUCCAAGAUCGAGCCCCAGGACAGUUACUCGUACCGCGAGAACCGAUCCGCAUCUUUCUCGCCGUAUCUGCAGCCUCUUCCAGCCAUGGUUCCAUUUGUCACGCCUUUCCACCCUGGCUCCUCUCCUCGAACAAGCAUCGCACAAUACUCUACUGUGUCCGCGCCCCAGCCCACCAUCCGUGCUCCGUCGCCUCUCACUCCGUCCUGGAGUCCUUCCUACGUGCCCGUCAGCCAUGAAGUGCGGAACCCGGCACUCGCCAUGGCGCAGGGGAUCGCACAGCACAAGGGAGCAUCGCCAGUUCGUUCUUCGAACCCGACUCUGAUGCGCACCUCCACCCUCCAGCAAGGGAACGGCCUGAGCCAGAACCAGCCCUUCAACCCGUAUGCCAUGUAUCCCUCUAAGGCUAUCCUCAAGCUUAACGGAGAUCUGGAUGCCAUGGCAGAAGGUUGGAGCACGGAGGAGCGGGACAGCCAGCGUCGUCUGGUGCAGUUCACGCGAUCCCAGACUGGAAGCACAAUCCACGCCGACUUCAAGCCUGUGGCUCCCGAGGAUCGCGCCCCCAACAGCAUCUGCAUCAGUUGCAUCCUGUGGGAGGAGAAGCAAGAGUGCUAUGUCACCAGUGUGGAUACCAUCUACCUACUUGAGUCUCUCGUGGGCGUGCGAUUCACCGUGGAAGAGAAGAAUCGGAUUCGGCGCAACCUGGAAGGUUUCCGGCCACUCACUAUCUCCAAGGCCAAGGCAGACAGCGAGAACUUCUUCAAGGUCAUCAUGGGCUUCCCUGCUCCUAAGCCGCGCAAUAUUGAGAAGGACGUCAAGGUCUUUCCAUGGAAGAUUCUCAGCCACGCCCUGAAGAAAAUUAUCGGGAAAUACUCCGCCAGCUACUCCUCCACCGCAGGCGCUCUACCUGCGGCAGCCACUAACUAUACCGGCCACGCCACGGGUUCUGAUUCAGGCACAGAGCCUCACACAGCCACCUCGCCUCAGUCUGUAUCGGACUCCGGCCUGGCCUAUACCGCUAGCAUGGUUGUGCCGGCGUAUUCACCGCAAGCGGAUCAGGCCGGUGUUCCGUUCACAACGGCUCCUGAGCUUCGAUCUGUACUCCCGGCUGCCGGCCCGGCUUAUACGUCUGUUGGAUCUUAUUCCUACCCGGCCAUCUGUCAGUCCCAGACCCCCCACGGGCUGCCAGCCUCGGCGCCACGUGCAGCUUGGGAUAUGCAUGGCCUCGACGCCAGGGUGCCUACUACGGCGGCUUCAACCAACAACGCGUGCUACGCCUACAUGGAUUCCGUGUACUCUCUCCACGACACGGCACCUGGCUCAUGA